UAACGCUUAAAUGUUGUUGUGCGUGUGUUUGUGCGUGUUUAAGUGGUAUUUAAACGGUAUUUAAACGGGCGAAAUGUCGGCUUCGCUUGCAUUCCGUCGACAGAGCAGCGGACGAAAGCAUUUAACCAUUGGGGGGGAAAUUAGGAGAGAAUGGUCUGUUGUUGGACUGGCUUAGCGGAGAUCAGUUGCAUGUCUAAGGAUAAGACGCCGUAAAGAAACGGAAUGGUUAGAAAUACUGGUGCCGUUCGACGGGUUUAAGUUGUUUUGAAGGUGUAGGUCACCGUUUGCUAUCAGUAGUAUUGUCUAUUUCGUAGCGAAAGUUUCGUGAACUCGAGGCGAGAGGAAUUGUAGGAAAGUGAAGCGAUUCCCAAACGAAUAUGCGACAUCGCCCAAUCGAUUUUGGUUUCUGCUUUAGUUCAAGCAGAUUGUUAAUGUGAGGAAUCGCUCGUAAUUCUUUGUGUAUUUUGAUGCAUACUGACACACUUUACGUUCAGCUUUGCCAUAAAUACAGCCUUACGCUGCAUCGCAAACACUAAGGUCGAUAGUAUGUCGGAUGAGGAUUCGCGUGCCAGCUCCAGUUCUUCUUCGUCGUCCUCUUCCUCCUCCACUCAUCAGCCGCCGGAGAAAGACACGCCUAGCAAGAAACGAGAGAGCAAAGCCAAAAUGAGCAAUACCUCGAAACUCCUCUCCACUAGCGCGAAAAGAAUUCAGAAAGAGCUGGCUGAUAUCACGUUGGAUCCUCCACCAAAUUGCAGCGCCGGCCCAAAAGGAGACAACAUCUAUGAGUGGAGGUCGACCAUCCUGGGCCCUCCGGGGUCUGUGUAUGAGGGAGGGGUCUUCUUCCUCGACAUCGCCUUCACUCCAGACUACCCCUUUAAACCUCCCAAGGUGACGUUCCGCACGCGGAUCUACCACUGCAACAUCAACAGUCAGGGUGUGAUCUGCCUGGACAUCCUGAAGGACAACUGGAGCCCCGCCCUCACCAUCUCCAAGGUGCUGCUGUCAAUCUGCUCCCUCCUCACAGACUGCAACCCUGCGGAUCCUCUGGUGGGGAGCAUCGCCACUCAGUACACAACCAACAGGCCAGAACAUGACAGGAUAGCCAAACAGUGGACCAAGCGCUACGCCACAUAACUCCCUCACAGCGGUGAGAGAGAGAGAGAGCGCUGCUGCCGGGUCGUCUCUGGGAACUGGGCUACGGGUGGGGCGGGU